UCAAAAAUAUGAUCACCGCUUUAAACUCGGACAUGAUUAUGCCGUUAAGGCUCGGUUAAAGUCAGCUCCCUGUCGUCGGUGCCUUUCACGGACAGAUAACGAGCAAAUAAACGUCUGGGUGCUGAGUGGGCGCAGCGUGGGGAGUGUUUUGGUCCCGCAGAGGAACUGUGGUCACUGACUAACAACCAGCAGCGCGCUGACUUCCGUGUCCUCGAGCCCGAGCUGCUUCCGCGAAAUACUUUUGUGUGUGUGUGUGUCUCUCUGACGGUCCAUCCAUCGCCUCGGGCCCUGAACUUUAAAGAUGAAGGCGAUCCCUGAGGAGCUGGCAGCGCUCAUUUCUGAUUUGGAACAUUUCCUCUGUAAAGGCUUAAAAGGAGAACUUCUGAGCAGGAAGACCAAAGAUAAGAGGGAGGCCUUCAUAAAGAGAAUCAAAGAGGUCAAACAAAGCUUUCCACAGGAUUUCAAGGACAAGUCGGACACAGAUGAUGAUGAGGAAGCUGACAGCAACAACGAUGGAGGAUCUCUACAGUCAGAGCGCACAGACAAGGAAGAAGAGCCGUAUGAUGGAGUUCAGCAGUCUCCACCUGUGGCUGUUCAGGACCUGAAGUCUGUUUUCAAGCAAGGAUAUCUUGAGAAACGGAGGAAAGAUCACAGUUUUUUUGGGCCGGAGUGGCAGAAGAGAUGGUGUGCUCUAAGCCAGAAUAUUUUCUACUAUUAUGGCAGCGAGAAAGACAAGCAGCAGAAGGGCGAGUUCAACAUCGAAGGGUACUCCGUCCAAAUGAACAACACUUUACGGAAAGACUCAAAGAAGGACUGCUGCUUCGAGAUUUCUGCUCCAGACAAGCGAGUUUAUCAGUUUUGUGCAUCGUCUGUGCAGGAGGCAAAGGAAUGGGUGAAAAAGAUCAACUUACUUUUGAGAAGCAUGACUGGUGAGAUUCCAGAAGAAGAGGAUGAAGAGGAGGAAGAUCAAAUGAUGUAUGAUGAUGUCGGGGUUGGGAAUGUUGAACCUAUUGACGACGAACUCUAUGAAGAACUUCCAGAGGAAAAGACGACCCCUCUACCGAAGCCUCCUCCAAAGGUGGAGGUGUCAAACAAAGCCCCUCGUCCUCCUGCUCCAGUUGAUAAGAGCACCAACUAUCAGAACUACUACCAGGGGUUGUGGGACUGUGAUGGAGACCAGCCGGACGAGCUGUCCUUCAAGCGUGGAGAAACCAUCUACAUCUUGAGCAAGGACUACGGCAACUUCGGCUGGUGGGUCGGAGAGAAAAAUGGAGCAAUAGGUAUCGUUCCCAAAGACUACCUGUUGGAGCUGUACAUCCUGUCAUAAUAGCAGCCAUUUGAGAAAUCCCUUUAUUCUGCUAACUUAAAGGAGCUUAAUUUGCUACUGAAAGUAUUUUACUGUAUUUUUUUUAAGUGGCUUCCUGAUCUACUUUAUAAGAACAUAUAUUAGUGAUUAGAUAAAAACAUUUUCUAUUAAAAAUAUUUUCCUUCUGGUACUUAUUUUUUAUUUAUUUUCUGUUUUCUUCCUUUUUGCAACAAUUUCAUGUUCUGCAUUUGGUGAAAUAAAUAAAAAUAUUAACAAACAAGCA